AUGCUUUUGCACAGAAAAUUGCACUUUAAUGCAAAUCCUAGGGAAAGGUAUACCUUGUGCUAUAUGCAACGUAGAGGAUGGAUUAUAAAACCGAGAAUACACCGCAAGCGAAAACACUACUUACACAAAUAUUAUCCGAUAGACAAUAUUGACAAAUCAUGCGUAGCAGCGAAAAAUAAACAAUAUCCUGAAAGUAAGCGGUGUCCUUACUGCCCUAAAACUAGCUUCGUAAUACCUCCGAAACAAAAGAAACGAAAUAAAUCUGUAUCACUAACAAGAGAUAGUUUUAGGAAAUUGAAACAUAUCAAUCAAUCCAAAAGUGUAACUACAAAACAAAAAGUAUUUAGAAAUUUCAAGACUGCUUGGAAAAAUAUCAAAAGUGUUGCGUGUGAAACGGAUAUUGAAGCGUGGCAGAAUGAUUAUAUUUGCAAAGAUAUAUAUGUUAGCAAUUUAAGAACAAAGCCAUGGUUUUGGGUUUAUAAGUUCUGUCCUUUUUUUUAUCCCUACUUUUUAGUAUUUAUUAGAUUUAACGAAAACUGCGCUCAUUGCUUUUUAUUGAUGGUUUCGUCAUAUGUCUCAUUUCACACUUAUGAAUCUGGCUAA